AUGGCUCGCAUCUUUUUUUCUUCCACCGAAACCAUAGAAAAUUUUAAUAGAUUACCCUUAACUCGGAAAGAGAUUGAGGAUGCCUAUUGGAAGCAAUAUGAGAGGGUUGUAGGUCUGCUUCUAAAUCCCCCUUGUCCAAUGCACAUGUCGAUUGAGGAAUUGACGCAACCGUCUUCGAAAUCAAGGCAAAGUACAAGAUUUGCGAAUAAUUUGAGAAAACACCCACCAAGGCCGUUAAACCCAUUCAUUAUGUUCCUUAAAAAUUUCGAUAAAGGUUACCGUAAAUUUUUCAAAGGCGGAUGUUCAAAAACUAUAUCUAAAUUGACACAAGAAGAAUGGGAUAAAAGUGGCUCUGCCGUGCAUAAUCUCUUCAACGAACUAGCAGACCUAGCGAAAAAAUAUCAUCAAUAUAAAUUCCCUGAUUACGAAUACAAGCCAAUUAAAAAAGAAAGAC